CGAGGUCAAUAUGCGGCCAGGACCCGGGCUGGUCGUGAUGGCGCUUGCGUUUAUUUCGGGGGCUCGGCGUGGCAGCAGCAGCAGCAUCAGCUCAACAUUAGCAGCAACAGCAGCACCAACAACAUCGGCGGCAGCAACAGCAGCAGCAGCAACAUCAGCAGCGGCAGCAACAACACUCGGAGCAACUGCAGCAGGAGUAACUAGCGAUACUGCAGCAGGUCUAGCGGGCGGAGGAGGGAGGGGAAGAGGCAGAGACAGGGGAGUAGGAGGAGGAGGUGGAGGAGGCGGCGGAGGAGGAGGAGUUGCAGCAACGUUACCGUCCACUGGCGAAUCGUCGUCAUUCGUUCGCAGCUCUGGCUCAUACCUGCUGCCCAUCUUCCUGCCCCCUCAUCUCGAGUUCGCUCUUCAGUUUCCCAUUCAAGACCACGCCUACGAAUCGCCAGUAGCCGCCACCAGGAUUGGAGGAGAUCGGCAUCAGAGGCGGCGACGACGCGACAGUAGCAGCAGCAGUAGCAACAGAGACAUUGCAGGACGGGCAGGCGGAACAGGAAUCGGAAUCGGAAACGCAGCAGAUCCAGGAACGGGAGCAGGUGCCGGGGACAAGAGUGCGGUUACAGGAGCAACACCGGCCACCGAGUCCAUUGAAGGCAACAACGAGGAGGAAGAUCAGAACCCCGAGGCUCGGGAAGAGAGCGGCCUGCCCGUGCAGUUUCCCUCGUCGCAGGCCACCGACGAGGACGAGGACAUCUUUGCCCUGGUGGCCGAGGACGAUCUGCUGUCCGAGGAGUCCUUUGAUCGCCUGAUAAAGCUCAGUGAAGACGCCGACGAAGAGGACUACAACCAACCGCAGCAGCAGCAGCAGCAGGAGCAACAUCAUCGGCAGCCACACGAAACGGAAACGGAAUUAGAUACGGAGGCGGAGACCGAAACAGAAGCGGAAGUGGAAGCAGAAUCGGAAACGGAAACCGAACAGCAGCAGCAGGACGAGAGUCGUCUGAUUGAUGAGAGUGUCCUGCAGCACAACGAUAACAGGAACAUCCAACCGGAGGAGUUCGCCGCCAGCAACAGCAACAGUAACAGUAAUAGUAACAAUAACAAACGAGAGGCCAGCGACCACAUCCUUGAUGCCCAGACGGCCCAGCUGAUUGGUCACCAGGAUAACAGCUUGUCCGCCGUGGCCACCACCGAGUCAGCAGGAGCCGGCAACGCCACCAACACAUCCUUGCCAGCACCCGUGGAUCUCAAGAAAUCCAUACUCGGCACUGCGAGCUCGUUAACACGCCUUAAUCCUUGGAUAUCAGCCUGUGAUCUGGCACAGCCGGGCACAGCAACCGACUUGCAGGGUCAGUGCUCGGCUGGUACACUGCCCAUGGCCUGGGUCGAUGAGGGACCCGGGCCCCCAGCCUGCCCCCGAUCCUGCGCCGAACAGCAGCAGCAACCUCAGCAGCAGCCCAGCAGAACCUCCAAAACGAAACGGAGCGCCACCAAUAACAAUAAAGUCAAGUAUUUCGUAAACUAUAAGACAAGUCAGAUGCGUUUAAGCAGCAGGAGCAGAACCAGCAGCAGUAGCAGCAGUCGAGUGCGUCGGGAGAGGGAAGGAUAUUACACGGAGGAUAGUCCUUCGGCGCCCAGCACCACUGACGAUCUGGAUGUGGGCGAUAGUACGACCUCUGCCGGCAGUACCACCACCCUAACCACUAUUCCAGAGGCAGAGGUGGAGCCCACGCCUUCAUACAGUCAUCUGCAUGCCCAGGAGGGCAUUCAGCAGGUAGAGAUGGAACAGGAGCAACAGGAGCAACAACAACAGUGCCUUGAAUAUCUGGGCGAUUCCGCCGAGUCGAGUCCGCAGCAUCUGUGCGGUCUCCGGUCGCCCGGCCAGCUACUGGAGCGUCUGCAGACGCUGCGGCUGCGCAACUGCUGCGAGCGGAGCGUCUUCAGUGCCCUGCACACCCUCGCCCUCAACGCCAGCCUAACGGACCGGACCGAGUGCCUCCGCAUCCUAAACGAUCUGCUGGACGUGGACGGGCUGGCGAAUCGCAUCACCUGCGAACUGGCCGAGAUCUUGUUCCGCUUCGACUGCCGGCAGGUGUACUCGCUGAUCAACCAGUGCGACGACUGCAAGGAGGCAUAUCGUCGGUGGGUCUGCAGCACACUGGUGCCAUAUUUCGCCGAACCGAAGGAUGUUAAGACCGCCGACGAGGCUGCCAGCAAAUCGGCAGCAGCCAAGGCAAAAGCAAAAGCGGCGGCAGCUGCCAGCACGGCGGCAACAUCGAUGGCCGGCAAGAGCAAGCGUUCGGCGCGAAGCACUGCAGCCGGUGGAAUCAAGCAUAAAUCUCUGAAAUUAAUCAGCAAUAACAAUAAAUCAAAUAACGGCAAUAACAUGAACGAGCGUCAGAUUAAUCAGAAGCAUGACAAGAGCUCGAACGCGAACGGCAACAGUAACUCGAACAAGGACAAUGACCGCAGCGACGAGGAUGCGAUAGGCAGGGACUUGGCUCAGACCUUCUACGAUGUUGUUGGCCUGGCCAAGUUGCCAGGCGUUGAGGAUGAGGACGGUGGCGAGGAUGCCGAUGAACCACAACCAGAUGUUGGUACCGAGUCCGAUUCCGAGUCCACAUCCGAUAUUGAGAUGGAGGGCGAGACGGACACGGACACGGACACAGAUACAGAUACGGAAGCUGUGGCCAAACAACAAUCCAAUAAUUUCAUAUCGACUGCCAAUAAUUCGGAUCCCAGAGCCACGGAUCCAGUGAUAUCAAAACUACAGAAGAGAUCAACACGCAAGGCAGAGUUCCGUAAGCGCCGCCGUAUCCGGCCCUGCCUGAGCGUCUGCCAAACCGUGGAACAAAAGUGCCCCUACCUGCUGCCCGCCGAUCGCGCCCCCGCGCUGCCCACCCAAUAUGCCGGCGAGCCGACAUUUCUCUGCCUAGAUCAAAACAUACCCGAAACAGGGGCACAGCUGGAAAAGUCAAGCUACGGCCCCAACGACUGCUGCUACAGCUACUGCAACGGACCGGCGGAUGGCAUCUGCACCGUGUGCCAGGACUUUGCCCAAACCAGGACGGGAGGAGGCGACCCCGCGUCGGCGGCCAACUCCACACGUCGCAUCCACAACAUCACGCUCUCCCUGAGCUCGCAUCCCGGCGAGCAUGCCCGGGCCAAGAGCGUGGCCCUGGCUCUUCGGAACGUCAGCCAGUCUGGCGGGGAUCCGGAUGCCGUGGAGACCCUGCUCCAAAGAUUGCCCUACUACGCCCGGCACGACGGCGUCUUCUACUACGACGACGAGGGUGACAUGCCGCAGGAGCCGCUGUCCGGGGAUUGUGCGGCCGUUCCUUCUGUCUCCAGCCGCUGCACGAUACCGUACUAUGCCUCCGGCACCGAGCCGGUGGCGGCGCCGCCCACGCAGCUGCUGGUGUGGCUGAGCGCCCUGCUCGGCCUCCUCGGCAGCUGUGGGGCGGCUCGGCAGCGGUGGUGGAGUUGCCAGUGGUGGGGCGGCGGUUGCGUGCAACGAAAUCGUAGUCGCGCGGUCACCUGCGGGGACAACUGCCACGAACAGGAGCUGAUCCGGAUCCGGAUCCGGAAUAGGAGCAAGCAGGAGCGGUCGCGGGUGGCGGCACCUAAGAAAUCACACACCGAGAGAUCAGAAGUAGGAAGGAUAAUUCUCGCCUCGAAUGCCUGGCUAUGGCAUACAUAUAAACUAACGUAUAGGAAAGUACGGUAUUUUAGCAGUAGCCGAAGUAAGUUUAAAGGCGAGCCUAGACCUAGUCGUAUACCUAACUAUAGAGACUUACAUUCAAUGAGAGCAGUGCGAGCGGUACAAGCGGUACAAGCGGUACGAGAGGUGCGAGCGGUACGAACGGUACGAGCAGGCAUCCAAAUACAAUGGGGAUGGGGGGCAAAGGAUGCGAACGGGUCAAAGGGGGCCUGCGGCAUGGGGGUGCUGAGGGAGGGCGGAUGCAUUAGGACUAGGAACUAUCGCUAUUUCUACUACUACAACUACAACAUAAACGAUUGGUGGCGAAGAUGGUGGUGGUGGCGUUGUGGCGCCUUAUAGUGCCUGCAAAACGUAUGCAGCCAAAGCGGCAAAGAAAAAACCAAAAUAAAUACCAAAAGAUACACGAUGACAAUGGCACUUUGAUGUCAGAACUCUACCGCUCUCCUUAGUGGAUAUGACACGAUAAAAAAUUAAAUAAAUAAUAGCCAAAUCAGAAACGAUACAUAAUAGAUGUGGCAAGGAAAUAAAUGAAAAACAAAAAACCAAAAACCAAAAACAAGACACAUAGAGACAGACACACAGAUCCGUGGAUAUACAGUUUAAACCGAAAACAGAAAACCACUUAAAUAUUUAUGGUCCUCUUUCAAAUGAAAUAAAAACAAGCAUAAAUUAAUUAUAAAUCUCUAUUGAACAAAACCAAAAUAGCAUAUUUUAUUACAACUAGAAAAAAGAAUAUGAAUAUUUAAUUAAAAUAAAAGCAACUGCCACAAGAAUAGGUUUUUUAGAUAAACGAUAACGGAAAUACAAACAAAAAAAAAAAACCAACAAAACCAAAAAAACAUUUAAUAAAAAAACCAAAAACGAUACAACUAAAAAUAAUAUAAAAAAUGGGGAAAUCGAAAGGAUUAUAUAACUAGUUAUUAAUUUAAUUACUGGCGAACAAAAAAGUUUAGGUUAGCUAAAACGAAAAACCAAAAAAACAAAACUGAAAAUGAAAAUGAAAAACGGAAGAAAAAAAUAAAAUCCAAAAUUAAUUAGACUUAAUUUGUAAACGAUUAGAGAGUCUAAACAAAAAGAAAACAAAUAAAUUUCAGCCAUUAACGACGUAUAGGCCGCGUAUCAACCACCUCUCAAAAAAAGUACAUUAAUUAAAAGAAAAAAGCGAAACGUGAACUUUACUUAAAUUAGUUUAACAAACAAACAAAAAAAUGAAAAUACGUAGGCAUACAUGUAUUACGAACUAUAGUCGUGGUGGACGUGAUUUAAGGACAAUUAAAUCAAUUCAAGUGGCCCGCAAAGUGUCUAAACAAUGUCUUUAUUUAGUUCGAAUAACAAAAAAAAAAAAAGAAGAAAAAGUUCAUAUUUGUAUAAUCCAAACCGAAAAAAGUAAACGAAAGCCAAAUGCGGAAAAGCGAGAAGCGAGUGGAGAUGGGUAUAUAAAGCGCACAGUAAAAAACGUAUCUAUAAGAUUCAUCGACGGCCAUAGUGAAGGGACUUUAGCGAAAAUAUUCGGAUUCGGGUAAAAAAUAAACAUUGAAAAAAUGAAAGCAUUAACAGCAUACAUAACAUACACAUAUAUACAACCAUGCAACACACUCGAAAAAAAAAACAAUAUAUACAUGAUUAUAUUGUUUAUGUACGAUAGAUAUAGUCGAUGAGAAAAUGUGCAACGUAAACCGGAAUAUAAGUUAAUGACGAGGCGAUAGAAACAGAAACAACAACAACAAUAUACCUACUAUAUAAAUACUAACAAUGAAUAAUAAUACUUUUUGUAAUAAAGUGAACUCUAUGUAGCAUAUACAUAUAUAUUAAUUAUAUAUAUGAAAUAUAUAUAUUUAUAUAAUAUAUAUUGUCUUAACAACUUAUCGUACAUAACUUGCAAAUGAGAAGAGUUAGAACCGAAAAAAAACAAAUGAAAAGCUAUGAGUAAACCAAACGAGAAAAGCCUAAAGGAAAACCAAAACCAGAAAAAUUAAUUAAUUAAGAAAUAUUCAAAUAAAUAGUCGUAUUUGGUAUCAACUAAUUAACUAUUAAAAUAAGUACUAAACAAUUUGAGAGAACCCUCUGAUAGAGCACAGUCACUCCAUUCAGUCACUCACCGACUCACUCUCACAGGAUUGUAAGGACACCAAACGUUGAGCACUCCUCCUAUAUGAUUCAGUUGGCGCUUCUUACCCCUCUUACCUGUUCACCUGUCAGCCUCUCCAUUUCCAUACCCACACCCCCCUUUCAGUUUCUAUUUGUUUCUGGUAUUCGACAUUUGUUCGACUUUUUUCUCUUCAGAUCCUUCAUUAUCGAACGGUUUAACCCACUGCAGGCAGUGUUAGAGUUACCAGUUAUACAACUUUUUAAGUCUAUUAGGAAAACUUUCCGAAACAUUUCCAAAAACAUGUAAUUCUUUAAAAAAAUACAAAUUUUUGCAUUUGCAAAACUGACGAAAUUACUUUAGGUGAAGAUAGUUGACGAGAUGGUAUGGAUUUUGUUAGAUGUUGUAGUAGAAAUGUAAACGAUAUAACGAAACAGAACAGAGCAGCCUUCAUAUAGAACCUUAGGUCCUUCUUUCUAAACAUCCUUUACCCUGAAACUAAUUAUAUGUAAAUAGCAGUUCGCCUCAACCAAACACGAUCCAUAGGGUAUACUUACAAAAACUGAUUCAUAUUCUUUGAUAAAUUCUACUAUUACUCUCUGUCAUAUAAUUCACCAAAAAGUUUCUCCAGUCUACGUGAACAACUCUUUUUCGCAACAACAAAACGAAUAAAUACAAUACAAUUUAUGAGUUAACGUGGCCAAAAACUUUUCACUUAUCUCGGCUCGUCAACGAGGUAGUACUGUACAUUGAGGCGAAUGCAAGACAUUUUCUAAGAAAAGAAAGAGGGCGUGAAAGUCGGAGAAAGUUAGGGAAGACAUGACACGACCGUUAUCGUUGGCAACAAAACAACAGCAACAAAUUAUGAAAAAUGUAACAACAUAAACAACAGCAUAACAGUGAAAAUUUCAAUGGCGGAAAACGGAAACGGAAAUAUAGAACAAGAAGAAGAGGUGGAGGAGGAGCAGAGGAACAGUGGAGCCGCUGGCACAAAUUGCGCGCAUAUAGAAUGCAAAUUGUUAUGAAUUAUUGUGUACUUUUGUAAAACUUUUUGAUAUAUAUAAUAUAGUUAACAUGAAUAGAUGCCUAAAUAAUAAUAAAUUAAAUGUUAAUUUAUUUAAAUGUAAACAAUAAAUAGAGAAGGACACUGGAGUAGGCCGGCACGGUUGGGCUAGGGAUUCGGGGGACUGAGUAGGAUCCGCAACAGGGUUCACCCUCCCAUAAACACAAACACUCCAUCCCGAUUCCCGAUCCACCGAUUCCAGGCACUUAGAGUAUGUACGAAAAACCAAAAAAAAAAAAAAAUAAAUUAACUUUUAGGCGUUGGAUGAUGCACCGCAUGGAUCUAUGUAGACCCUUUUCUGUGGGGAAUACUAAUACUUUUCUGGAACGAAUCAAUUUUCAUUGUGCAUAGCGAAACUAGUUGAAUUGUGGUGUGUGUAUGUCAGUCAUAUGUGGGUAAAAUCGUAAACCAACCAGAGAUCGUGUCCAUCGAUGAUUAUUAUGCUAAUUGUGAGCAUCACUUAACAGUUGCCAUCUCAUGCGAUCCACAUACGAGAAAUUCUAAUUCAAAUCCAGAUCCGAAUCAAUAACCAAUUAGCACGAAUUAUACAAUAAUUUUUGUAAUUGAUUAGCCGCUGCCACACAAACCAGAAAAAUAAUGAAAAAUUAAAUACAAAUUAAUACAAAAAUCCGCUGCAGCAAAACAGAAUGUACGGCGGCGAAUGCUAGCAAUUAUUUUUUAAAAAACAAAACCAAAAAAAAAACAUAAAAAAAUAUUUAAAAUAUGUAAAAAAAAAAAACAGAAAGAUUUUUAAAAACGAAAACCAAAUUGGAAACACAAAAUUCUUUUUAGGCCAAAAGAAAUUACAUAAUUGAGUGCCAGGACAAAAGUGACAAAACAUAAAAAACAAAAACCAAAAAAAAGAAAAAUUUCAAAUGUGUUGUAUUUGAUAUCAUGCAAACAUGCACAGAAAACGAAAUAUUUGCGAAUGAAAGAAGGGAAACCCAAAUAUUAUAAACAAAGAAUUCAUAGCGUCAAGUCAAAUUUAAUUUAAUUAAAUGAAAACAUAGACUAAUUUAAAGGAAAGAAACACAAGCUAGCAAACAAAACCAAAUCUCCAUAAAAAUUGAAUACUUUAACCAUAGUAAUUCCGAAGGAAAAAACGUUUGCCUAGUGACCCAAAAAAAAAAACUUAAAACAUGACCCCAGAUAAUAGUAAUUUAGUGGGAACUAAUAAGAAAUCUUAAAAUCUAAAAAUCCCACAUGAGACAGCUAAAACUUUAACAAACCUAAACUGAAAUCUUCUGUACUUGUUAUUAAAAAAAAUCAAACAUAAAGAAAACAUAGAAAAAUCAACAAAUUAUAAAAAAAGCGAUUAAAAAAACCAAA